AUGUAUGGAGACGUGGGAAAUAAAUUGGUCCAGCAUGCCAAACGGACUCAAAAGCUUGAACAUCUUCCCCCUUACCAGACCGAGCUCGUUCGUGCUGUGACGAGGGAAGUACGAGACUUAGACAAGGAUCAGUCGAACAUUCUCCAGUCUAUCGGUGGCUCCUUUGACCCUGCUGCGGAUCCAGCAACGGCCUGUACUCUCCUGGUUGACCACCUCUGCAUGCGGCGAAACAAGCGAUGUCUGCUUGCAUAUCACCGCACACGAACAGAUAAAUUGGAGGAGAUGGUUUGGAACGGUAGCGAUAUUGCGGAUCUGGCGGCACAGCAACAGAGAGGUCCCAACGGUGGUCAGAAUGGCGCAGCUGAUCUUGGUAACGGCGAAGGGAAUACUAGCAGUCUGAGUCCAGAGGAAGAGGAGUAUGUGAGACAAUACAGUGACCUACUGGCUGCAUACAAGGGUCAAUGGACAGAUAUCGACUUGACCGGCAGUCUAGAGCCGCCACGGGAUCUAUUUAUUGACGUUCGGGUGCUGAAGAAUGCAGGCGAAAUUCAGACGGAGUAUGGGACCAUUAACCUCACGAAAAAUUCUCAAUUCUAUGUCCGCCAAGGAGAUGUUGAGCGUCUGAUAGCACAAGGGUACCUGCAAAAGCUCAGUUGA